AUGGAGUCGGAGGGAGGUGAUGUUGACGACUUGUCGCCUUUUUUCCCUUCUGAACAGCCCACGUUCCCUUCAGUAUUCAACAAUUUACACUCUCCAGGAUCAGAAAAGAGCGACAAUGGCCUCUCAGACUUUGAAGAAGACCUGCCAAGGGAAUUAGAAUUGAGCGAACAGUAUGGACGAACACCGCCAAGUUCAAGAACCUUUACUAAACCAAGCAAAUUAGGUAGAUCUAGAAGUACACGAAGGAAGAAAGCUUCAGAUUUUAAGACUUCGCCUAGUUAUGCUUCGUGGCAAAGACGGCAGAGUGCUUCAGCCAUGUCAACGGAAAGAGCAUACUAUAGAAUUGUGAAAGAAGAGGAGUCAACUGUUGUUUUGGUUAACGGACCCGAAGAGUUCACGUACAGACGAAGAAACCGUAGCUUUACUGAGAGUUCAUUACAUCGAAAGAAUACUAACCCGAGAAAAUUUCAGUGUCUUAGAUACAAAGAGUCUGGUUUUAAUGUUGAAAAUAACGUAAUUUUCAAAGAAGAACCGCCAGCUGUUUGUCCUUUGGAAAGGGUGAAAUUUUAUGAAACUCUGAACAUGUUGGUUAAUUUAGGCCAAGGCGGUAAUGCUGAAGGCAAGGAUAAAAUUGAGGAAGAGAUAGGAAACUAUGAAGUGGAAGAAUUACAAGAAGCAUUAUGGCUUGAGUUGCAGGCCUGGCAAAAAUCCACAACAAUGUUAGACCAAGAUGAAUGGUUGAUGAAUGAACGAAAGAAAAUAAAUAGCAUUUUAGACAAUGUGAUUUAUUUUCAUGUUGAUAAAACACUGAGAGUGGACUUUGAAGUGCAGUUUUCUGAUCCCGAAAGUGACUCGGAUGUUGAUGAUGAUGAUGAUGAAGAUGAUUUCUGCUGUUUACUCCACCCUAGUAACAACAUGUUUCAACACAGUCCUUCCAUAGGCAGCGAAACCAAUGAUUUAGCUGAUUUUGAUGACUCAAAUCUAAGUACAAGUCCUGACUGCAGUGCAACAACAAACAGUACUGAUGAAGACACAUAUAAAUUAUCAGAUUUUGCCCAAACCAUGAAGACAGCCAUCAGUUCAGUCACCUUUGCCCUGAAUAAGUUGUAUUAUGCUGAGCAUCUCUAUCCUUCUCGUGGAGCUCUUAAAAAAGACUUUGAGAAGUACAGCUCUGAAGAUUUUCAAACAAGUUAUGAUACAUUGGUGUUGUGGUUGAAUCAGGUAAAAGGGUUGUAUCAUAAACUACAUGUUAUGUCUCAGCUUGUCCAUGUUGAUUUUGAUGAUGAAAAAGUUUGGAAGGAUUGGAUUAAUCUAGGCAUAGGUCUCCAAUUUUUAAAGACCUACAACAAUUGUAGAAAUUGUCAAGAUGUUAGUUCUCAGCAUGACUUUGAAAUGCCAGAGAAUUUUGAAGGCAUCAAACGUGGUUUGAGUUCUGAGAAUACCAGCACCAGUAGGUAUCGCCCUUUUGUUGAUCAGAACAUCAAGAAGAUGGGUGUGGCAUACCUGGGGUACAAGCUGCACCAACUCAUCCAUAUGGAGCUAGCCAGAGCAUCCUACAUCUUACAAGUUGAUAGAAGUACAAAUGUGUUUGUAAAACACCAGGAUUUGCACAUUUUGUACAAAACGAUGCUUGUUAGAAAAAUUGAAAACUGGUCUGAAGACAUCAUGGACCCUAAUGACGCAAAGAACUAUCACCAGACGUUUGGAGUACCAGAGGCAAAUUGGAUUGAAAGAUUUGAGAAAAUGGGGUUGCCAUCAUUUGAUAGCCUCUUUGUCUUCCUUGUUCGUCUUGUCAUGGAUAUCUAUCAUGAGUGUCUUCGAAUGAGAAUGGAACAUCGUCCCAAAGGAGAACCUUCCUCUCUUAGUGUUCGUCAGUUGUUGGAGGAAUGCAAAGAAGUGAUGUUGGCGGCCAUUGUUGUUCGACAGUAUUUCCUGGACGCUUUGGAAACUCUUGGAAAAGAUUUGAGUAGCUGUCCACUGUUUGAGGAAAGAGUUUUAGAAUUUGAUCAAGACAUUCAGAAGAUGUUGGAGGUGUAUUUUGAGUAUCUUCAUCUGUAUAUGCACAUGUUGCAACGCUUGCCAGAAGCUUCUUGUGGUGUGAAGAACAUCCUGGAGGAAGAGUGGGAGUUUGUGCGUGAAAUAACUCCUUAUAUCAGGGGAGGAGAGGUCCAGGCUGGCAAGAGAUUCUGUGUAAUGGCCCGGGGUCUGGUUGAAUCAACUGCAGAUUUUCUCACGGCUGGAAUGGACGAGUAUUUUUCUUGCUUGCAUGAUUUGGAUGACAAUGAAAAGUUAUGGGUAAAGGUUCUUCAAUCCUGUCGUGACUUUAAGAAACUUUUCAAGGAGACACGUGAGCGAAGCAUCAAGGCCUUGGGCUUCGUAAAAAGAUUGCGAACGGAUCUUGGCGUGGCUGCAACAUUUAAUGUAAACACCUCCAUUCCACAAAUACUGGAAACACUUAAAACGUCUGAAUACAUUCAGGUGGUUCCAAAACAAAAUAUUUCCGUUUUAAUGUUUGUUCCACCUGCUUUAAAAGAUUCGAAAAGGUGCAUCAUUGAACUGCUGAAUGCUUGCUGUGGCCUCCACAGUCAAUCCAGUGCUUGCGCUCAGGGAGUGGACAGCUUCAUCGUGUUGGUCUCUGCUAAGAAAACGAGGGGAUAUCAGUGGACUGGGAAGACGAUUGACGUCACUCCUGCGUUAGAUGCGUCACUAGGACUGGUCGAUAUACAGGUGGAUGAUCUAGCCAUCGUUGCCUGCACCUCGCAUGCUUUGAGUAUUCAUAUCAGUACAUUCACUACUCACAUGGUUGACGCCGUCACUUGUGCCUCAGGAUCCACUUCGUGUCAUCAUGAUCUUAUUGAUAUGAAAACGCAAAUAGCGGAAUCGUUGGUGAAUCUGAGAACGAAAGUUUGUGAUGCAUUGGAUGGCGCUGUUGAAAACCUUGACGUGGAAAAGAUGUAUGAUAUUGAAGAAAAUGAACGAAACAGAUUGAACCAAAGUACUUUGGAAGCACUGCAAUGUGCUUUUAAUGCUGUCUUUGACUUCCAUCGGGAAAUGAAACGAAUUCCUGAAACAGAUGAGGAAUCUUUGUCAAUUGUUGGUAAAUAUUAUCUGGAGUUGGCCUCAAAGUGGAUGGACUUUGUUUUAAAGCGUUGUCAGAAAGGAAAGGGAAGCCGACCGAGGUGGGCAGGCCAAGGACUGAAGUUUCUUAUAGAAGCUUGUCAUCCAACGAUUUCCUGUCGUUUAACGAAGACUGAGUUUGAGAGGUUACAACGUCAAAUAAACAACUGUAUUGAUCACGUCAUUGGCAGUGCAGAAAAUCCAGCAAAUGCGAAUAGUCCGAACACAGUGAGCCCGUCCUGGGCCUCGCCUAACACAGGAAAGUUUAAUCGAUCAUCAACUUAUCCUGGAGCCAACUCACAUGUUCACCCAUCAAGAACUAUUUCAGAACCAGGACGACCAACCAUGAAACACGGUGUCUUGAAUGGUGAUGACCAAGUUGAUAAUGAGAUGGAAGCACCACAGCGCAGGAUUGCGCAUGUCAGAGAAAGUGUCGCUUAUUUAGAAUAUCAACGCCAAAUGACAAUGUUGGAAAAGGGUGUGAUAGGUCAGCUGAGUAACAAGAAACGUGAUCUCGCUGGAGAACUGGCUGUUAUUCCGAAACGAGUACCGUUUAAAUGGCAAAGAGGAAAUAAAAUUGGUGAGGGUCAGUUUGGAAAGGUUUAUUCUUGUGUUAACCUGGAUACAGAGGAAGUGGUUGCCAUGAAACAGAUAUUAUUUCAUCCAAACGACCAUAGCGCAUUCCAAGAUCUGGCUGACGAGAUUAAGGCUUUUGAGGGACUGACCCACGAGAGCCUGGUGAAGUAUUACGGAUGUGAAGUUCAUAGGGAUGUGAUGUAUAUAUUUAUGGAAUACUGUGGUGAUGGAACAAUAUCAGACGUAUCUAAGAUUGGGUUACCUGAGGCGAUGAUACGCAAGUACGCUGACCAAAUAUUGCUUGCCGUCGAAUUUUUACACGACCGAGGGAUUGUUCAUCGUGAUAUAAAAGGCCCAAAUAUAUUCCUGUCAUCAGAAGGUUUGAUAAAGUUGGGUGACUUUGGGGCCUCGGUGAAACUUGGAAAUCCAUCUCAGACAAUGUGUGGGGAGGUGGCUACUCUCCGGGGUACGAUCGCGUAUAUGGCACCGGAAGUUAUACUCCCCCUUGAUAGAGGCGCCGGCUAUGGUAGAGCCGCUGACAUCUGGAGUGUGGGCUGUGUUGUCGUCGAAAUGGCGACUGGGAAGCCUCCGUGGAGCGAGUAUGACAAUCAAUGGGCGAUCAUGCUGAAAGUUGGUGAAGGUGGUUCACCCGCUAUCCCAGAAAGCCUCAGUGAAGAAGGCAAGGAUUUCUUAAUGCAUUGUUUUGUUCAUGAUCCACAUGAGCGAUGGACAGCGAGACAACUCCAGAAUCACACUUUUCUGAAAGUAUAAAAAAUGGAGAAGUGUUGUUGAUAUAUCUUCAAUGGACUAUUGGAGGUACAGAGGGAUAACAUGGAGCAAAAGAGUAUAAUGGAUUACAUGGACGUGAACUACGGUCAGAUUUUAAAUUUAUUUAUUUUGAGGCGUAUGGGGUAACAUGCUAAUAGUGUUGAUAAAUAUGUACAUAUGGUGUUAUGCAGUGAUAUAACAUCGUAAUGUUGUCCAAUGUACAAAAACUACAUGUUUUUGUCGCAUGUAAAUAUGGCACAAGCUGUGCCUGUGUGCUGUGUUAAACUGAUCUCAGGUAAAUAUGAGAUCUUGGAAUUGCUUUUCCAUAAUCGUAAGAUCAUUCUGAUGGAGAGUAAGGUCGUGCAUGAAGUAUCUUGUUGGGUGUUUUUAGCUGGUACUGCUAGGUUUUUGAAUGUGGGUUACCGUAGAAUAAAUUAUAUUGUAUAUAGAAAACUCGCUUUUAAGUUAAGCAUGAUUAGGUCAUUUCUUAACGUGUAGGUUAAAGUGAUGUAAUAAUGUUGUAUAAAAUUUCCUUCUAAGUAACCAAUGAUUAAUGUGAUAUCUAUAUAGCUUUGAAUGUUUUCUAUUGUAGAAAACUUGCCAUUAAAUUAGGAACGCUAGAUUACUACAUACAUUACGUUAAAGUGAUGAUAAUUUUUGUACAGGGUUUUAGGCUAAACUUAGUUUAGAUUGUAGUAUAAAUUAUUAGCAUUAUUAUUUUAAUUGUCCGUCAGUGGCAAUUCGCUGAUGCUU